UAUGUAUGUUCAAGCGCAGAGUUGAUGGGGAUUUCGUUGUGGUGACCCUCUUAAUAGCCUGAGAGUGAUGGGAGUAUUCACGGAAUAAUCGAUAGGUGAUAGAUACGAACGGGACCUCUGUGUUUUAUAAUCCUGGAGUAGGAAAAGAUUUAGCUGUGUAUUCGUUAGCAAGCACACGUGCAUUGUCUUUUUUGUUGAACUACAUAGACACGUCUCCUCAGUGAAGGCAGCCGACGGAUGUGUAAACCCUUAGUGAAUUCUCAAAGAUUGGUUUGGACACCGGCUGGUGCUGCUAGCUAGCGUUCAGCACUGCCCGUUACUGAAUAAGCCAACUGUUCUGUGAACGUGUUUGUUUAUAUAUCGACCGCGUUCGCACAUGUGUAUAAUUGUGUUACACAAGCACUAUUUACAGGGCCAAUGCAUUGAACGCUGUUAAAUCUUCGUCCAGAUUUUUUAAGGUUUCACGACUGAUGAAUAAUAUAUUUUUGUAUUUUCAUUUUUGCGACUAGCAGACGAUACCUAUCCAACAUGGCUGACAAAAGGCGGGAUGUUAUCGUCAUUGGUGCUGGCUUGAGCGGUCUGGCGGCUGCAAAGCUUCUUCAUGAACAAGGAUUGGACGUCUUGGUACUGGAAGCAAGGGAUCGUGUUGGUGGUCGGACGUAUACUAAACACAAUGACAUCAUUAAUUACGUGGAUGUGGGAGGGGCCUAUGUUGGUCCUACACAAAACCUGUUGUUACGUAUGGCGGACGAAUUCGGAGUCAAGACCUACCUAACUAAUGAAGUUGAAGAUCUUGUCAUUUACAGAAAGGGAAGCAGCAGGCGAUUUAAAAGCUCUUUCCCGCCAAUGGGAGGCUUCAUCGCCCAUUUGGAUCUUCUCCAGGUUUUCCGUGUGAUAGAUGAGAUGGGAAGUGAGGUACCUGAGGCAGCGCCAUGGAAUUCCCCACACGCAGAGGAGUGGGACAAUAUGACAGUCCAGGAAUUUCUCAAUAAAUACGCAUGGACAGAUGCUGUGAAAAGAUUCACAACGGGAUUCGUUAACCUAAAUGUGACGUCAGAACCGUACGAAUGUUCGUUGCUAUGGUUUCUUUGGUAUGUCAGACAAUGCGGAGGUACGCACAGAAUAUUUUCUACGUCCAAUGGCGGACAGGAGAGAAAAUUCGUUGGCGGUUCACAACAAAUUAGCCAACAUAUAGCUAGGAAACUUGGAAAGGACAGAGUGUUGCUGUCAAAACCAGUUUGCCAAAUACAACAGGAGAAAAGCACAGUGAAGGUCAUUGAUGUACACGGCAACAAAUAUCAGGCAGGCUAUGUGAUAAGCGCUGUGCCAUUACCAUUGCAAAGUAAAAUAACCUUUGACCCUCCUUUGCCAACUCUCCGUAAUCAGAUGAUACAGAGAGUCCCAAUGGGAUCAGUGAUCAAAACCUUCACCUACUAUACGAAACCCUUCUGGAGGGAGCGAGGCUACUGUGGUUCAGCGAUGAUUGACGAUGAUGACUCUAUAAUCAAUUACACCCUGGAUGACGUCAAACCGGAAGGAGGAAAGCCCGCUCUCAUGUCGUUUAUUCUUGCUGAUAAAGCCAGAAAAUUAUGUAACCUGACUGCCGAAGAGAGGAAAAACAGAAUAUGUGAAAUGUACUCAAAGGUUUUCCAAACAGACGAGGCACUACACCCCGUUCAUUACGAGGAAUAUAAUUGGCUGGCUGAACAAUGGUCCGGAGGAUGCUAUACCGUCAUGAUGCCUCCAGGUUUCCUCACCAAGUUUGGACAGGAGAUGCGGCGACCGUUCGACAGAAUCCACUUUGCUGGAACAGAAACUGCUACAGCUUGGUCUGGGUACAUGGACGGCGCUAUACAAGCUGGAGAGCGCUCUGCAAGGGAGAUACUUAAUCGCCUCGGCAAAAUUCGUGAGGACCAGAUUUGGGUCACGGAACCUGAACAUAAGAUGAUACAACCGAGACCCUUCGAGACGACAUUUUGGGAACGAAACUCUCCUAGUGUUGGGGGCUUUCUGACGUUCAUGGGAAUGUUGUCCGUCAUGUCUUCACUAGGAGUUGGAGUUUAUGUAUAUACUAAACACAUAAAAUGAUAAUGUUAGCAGUCAUCAAAAUAGCAUAUCCGUAAUUUUCAUAUCAACCAAGUGUACAAAUUAUUUCAACAAAAAACAUCAGAACGAAAUAUCAAGAUAGUUUUUAUACAGGACGAUUUAGAGAUAUUCUGAUACAUAAACUAUUACUAUUUUUGCGAGAUAGUAUGACAAACUAUUUAAUUCGUCUUCAUGUUGUAUUUGUGUUGUCAUGGAAACUCGACAUUCGUAUUAGUAUUUAGCGAUAUGUAAGAACAUCAUAGAUAAUGUGACACUGCCAAACAUGACGAGUGUAUUCAAUGUACCAUAAUUCGUUUGCUGUUUCUUGCUUUGGUGGUUAGCCAAAAAUCCCAAUUAGCAUAUCUAAGCCACUACCAAUACUUUACCUCGCAUUGCGUUGUUAUUUGAAUUGUUGCAACUUAUGACAAAGUUUCAUAGCUAACGAGAAAAUGUACUUGUAUAUUCCGAAGAAAAUGUGUAAAGACUACAUCUGGAUAUUGUCAACGGAUUGUAUAGUUCAGCAACGAAUAUGUAAUUGGUGUAUUUGGAUAUUGCAAACGGAUGUUAUAGUCCCGCAGUGAAUGUCUAAUAGUGACAUUUUUUGUCGUCAACGGGUAAUGCAGUUCCGCAGCUAUUGUGUAAUGAUUGCAUUUGAUUACGAAAAGAUAUGCUAAUAUAUGAUAUAUCUGAAAUAAAUAAAUAACGUUAGCCUGACAUUUCACAGUAAAUAAACAUCGCAUCCCUAAUGAGCAACUACAAUGUAAAAUAUUACUCGGUAAUAGCUAAUCACACGUAGACACAACGAAAUCUAACGCAUGCGUGUUGUGUAAACUAGAAAUUACAAGGAACGGAAAGUAUCCGAAUAUUUCUACAGAUUUUUAAAUUCACAUAAUAUAUAUUUGUACAGGCUAAGGUGUAUUUAUUCCUACAUGCCGAAGGGUAAAUUGUUAAUCAAAAUUCCAAAUCUGUAAAUGAAUAGUUCCAUCGUUUACCAAUAAAAAUCAACAUGUAUUCGGUGAUUAAUUAUUGUUAAAAUUAAAAAUAUGUACUUGUAUGACAAAGACAUUGUACGCAUCAGUUUGUAACUAACGUGGCUAACCAUGGUGAUCACAUCAUGUAGAUACAGAUAUAAUUGUGAUUAGCUGCAAGUUGUGCGUCAAAUUGUUCAUGUAUCUAUACCGUAGCUGCACGUGACUAGGUGCUUUGGAUGUCAGUUUUUUUGUAUUUGUUAGAUAUCGCCAUUGUCAUGUUUAGGAGGUUCUUAAGAAAUAAAUCUAUAUUAAUUUCA